CACCGACUACUUUCUGGUUAUAACGUAAUUCGCAUUCAUCAGCAUCCAUAAAAAGGUUUCUGUCAACAUGCUGCCAAGUUGUUCUCCACCACAUGACUGGCUUGGCGAGUCAGAACCGCUGCUGUUUGAUGAUGAGUUUUGCCAGAACUUGAUUAAGGAUUUGCAGGCAGUCCCCACGCCGCCACAGUCUCCGCCACUUAACGCAGACCUCAGCAAGUCCAUGUCCAACGUGGACCAGCUCGAGUUGGUCUCAGAGCUCUUGCUUAGGGAAGAUGACCUUUUUCACUUGAAUUGGAAUUGUGAUUUCAACGUAGGAGAUCGUGAUCGCUCAAGUGUUUCCCUCCCAGAUGAUUGGCUGUGGCCGGGUCGCACAGAGAAGAUUGCUGAGGAGAAGAUGUCGGUUCUUUCUACGAGUCCCCUGCUCUCCGACAUUGAUACGGAAAUCUUUGCAGAGAUCGCUGGAUCCACACUAGAUUGUCAUAGUGCGACACUUGCAUGUCAGCCAAAAAUACAGAGUGAUAAUUUGAUUCUGGACAGUCCUGAGCAAAGUGAGUCUUCCUCUGAUUAUGGCUCACUGUCUGCUGCAGGAGAGUUAUCCUCCAGCGAUUCUGAGGAAGAAAUCGAUGUAGUGACAGUUCGCCGGUGUAACACACUUGUACGCUCUCAGCGGCAGCUGCAGGACACUAAAAGACGAAUGAAUCAGCUGGCGCUGAAGCGGUGCCAUAUUGAAAUCCAGCAGCAGCACAACUAUGCUGCGCCUCUUCCCUCUUCACCACCACCAACACAUUCAUGUAUAAAACAAAAUCGCAGUGUGCCAAAACAUCUUGUCUUCCGCCACAGCUGUGAUGCAGAGGACGACAGCAUGCGCCGUCAGACCCAUAAUGUGAUGGAGCGUCAGCGGCGUAAUGAGUUAAAAAACUGCUUCAUGCGUCUACGUGACAAUGUGCCUGAGCUGUCCAACAAUGACAAAGCAUCCAAGGUGAUGAUUCUAAAACGAGCAAAGGAAAGCAUAUGCAAUCUAGAAUCAGAGGCACAGAGACUUCUUAAAAAAAGAGACAGACUGCAGGAGAGACAUCAGCACCUAAAGGCCAGAUUGGAGCAUCUUAAAAAACUUUGAUUCUUUUGUACAUAAACUUUUGGGACUGAAGGCUGCUGGAAAGCUGUAUUCAUGCUAGUCAGAGUGGUGCUAUGCACAAGCUCAAUGCAGAGUACCUUUUAAAGAUAUGCCAAAAUAAUGAGUUUUAAGAGUUGUAUUUUGUUUACCACAUUGUUUACCAGAACCAGUAGCCAGGCUAAGUUUAAUCUAAAGAGGUCCUUGAAAUUGACUGAACAUUUGUAUUUAAUCUGUUGUAAACAAGUACUUGCUACUAUAUUUUUUUGGGCUGGAUCCUAAAAAGAUUUCUGGUAAGUAAUGUGUUAAAAAUUUAUGUAGUUGCUUUACUAAUGAGAUGUCACUUGUUUAAUUUGAUAACGGCAUAUUUAAAAAAACAACCAAUUGGAAUUGCAUUGGAAAUGCAAUUUGCCUAGCUUAUUAUGCUCACUUUGGAUUGUUUACCUGAAUCUCCCUUUUUGUAUGUUCCUUUUUAUCUACCUCUAUCAGAAUGACAGAUAAUAUUAUUGGCUUUAUAAGGGCACUUGAAAGAAUUUCCCUUAUAUGUGAUAUGUCUUAUUGUUUUACAAAUUUAGUCAUUUUACUAUAGGGUUUGAGGUGUUCUUACUAGAAGCACUUUGUUUUAUAUAAUAAUUAAAAAUGAGACGAUAUAUUCAGCCUGCCUCUGUUAUUUGUAGACAUGUUACACAUGAAUAAAUUAGUG